GGGGUGUUGUUUCCAGAAUGUGCGGGGAGUACGCAGUACGCUAACAAAGUUAGUGCAGUGUGCAAAUUUGUCAAAGAUUAGUCGUUCAUAGUUUUUUGAUAGUCACCUUCUACACCAGUGAGUGUAAAGGCGACGUUUAGUAAGAAUAUACUGUUAUUAUUGUGAUUAUUUUCGAAGAUGAAGUCCGUUGUUUUGGCAACAGUGUUUUUGACCUGUGUGGUUUUUGCUUCGGCACAGUUGCAAUGUGCACAAAAGAAACCAAACAUACCCACCGACUGGAUUGAUAUGGCGAGUCCUUGCGUUAAAAAAAUGCGCGGUCAAAUUCAAGAAGAACUUAAAGCUUCCAUGCAAUAUCUUGCGAUGGGCGCAUAUUUUUCCAGGGACACUGUAAACAGGCCAGGAUUCGCCAAAAUGUUUUUCCAAUCUGCCAGUGAGGAAAGAGACCACGCUAUCAAGUUGAUUUCUUAUCUUUUGAUGAGAGGGGAAUUGACAAGGGAUAUUAGUCAUAUGAUCAAAAAAAAUCUUGUUGUGCCCAAGACUGAAUGGGCAACUGGAGUGGAGGCUUUAAAAGACGCUCUAAACUUGGAAGCCACAGUUACAAAGAAAAUCAGGGACGUCAUUAAAACUUGUGAAGAUCCAAAAGACUCGUCCAACUUUAACGAUUAUCACUUGGUGGAUUACCUUACUGGAGACUUCCUCGAGGAACAGUACCACGGUCAAAAAGAAAUUGCCUCCAAAAUUUCCAACUUGGACAAACUCAUGGACAAACAUGGAGCUUUGGGCGAGUUCUUGUUUGAUAAGAAAAUAUCAGGAGGAGAAUAGGUUGGAAAUAUAUUUUUAUAGAUUCAUUCCCAUACUUUAUAACUUUUGUGAUACCUAUUUGUUUUGAAUAUUUAGAAUUUAGUAUGAUUUAAAUAAAAACUGUUAUUUAAACUAUGA